GCAUGCGCACAAUCCAAAGCGGCACAAACGCACCCGGAACAGCGACAAACAAAAACAGUGAGUUUUCGUGACAACAGACAAUUUAUUAAUGCCAAUGUGUCAUAUUCCGCCUUGUGUGCGGCUUUAACUGCAGUUGAAAACUACGUUAGUUCAAAGGAAAUAGUUUUGAGUCACUUCUACCGGAAGCCUUGUUUACAAUGAUAGUUUGACGGACUUGGGGAGUUGGCUAACUGAGCUAGUAGCCUCGGUAAUGGUAUAGAAGUUCACGGCGUCGUGGCACAGUUUUGGUGAAUGUUUAGGUUGUGUCCUCCUUCUCGCUGGGCGUCCAGCCCCAGAGCCCAGAGACUUUGAAAGCAGAGAGCGCCACAUGGAGGCGGUGCUGAAAAACCUGACGAGCUCGCUGGAGCUGCUGGCCGUGGCGGCGCAGGGCGGCGCCGUGAAGCAGUGGGAUAAACAAACCCUGUCCAGAGCCUUUCAGUGGGCUCGGUACUGCGAGCACGUCCAUUCCAGGUUUCACAGCAACCCCGCGAUAAGGAGAGUUAUAGAGAAGCAGCUGCAGACCACAAAUCAAACUUUGCGAGAUGCUGUCCCUGGAUACGCUGAUGUCUCCUUCUCGGACCUCUCCUGCUGCCAGCACCUGUUGCUGGUUAGGCUUUUGAACAAUCCUGAACUGCCCGUCUCCAUCAUGAAGACGCUCUUUGACACAACACGUCCUGUAAACACCGUGCGUAGUGAGUGUAAGGACGUCACCGGCCUCUGCAGCCACAUCAUCCAGUGCAAAUCGGCUUGCAAAGUCCUGGGUCCUCUCGCGGACCCGUCAGCUGUUGGCGCUGAUGCUGAGGUUCAGGGGGAGAUGCUGAUGAAGAGGCUGGGCGCUCUGCUAAGCCAAAGCACCGACACCCGCCAAGGAGAGCAGUUUUUAGGCUCCGUCCUCCAGGGCUGUGAAGGAGCAGCGCAACAUUUCUGUCGAGUCAUCGCUGCAGCUCUGCUGACAGCAAAAAACUCGAAUACGCAAACUGCUCCACAGGAUUUUCUCUUGGACUGGCUGCAGAAUAAACACUGUGUGCUGCAGUGCAUGUGUGCUGCCGCACUACCUACUUCACUCCUUUCAGAUCUGGCAAAAGAGCACCGGAAGUUUAGAGACGCAUACUGCAGUGUGCUAAAAAAGUGGGCCUCGGAAAUGGAGUACAGCCUAAGUGACGGUGAAUGGGUUCAAAUGAGCAGAGACACCACAGUGUCCUUCCAGAGACUGACUGGACACUUUCUGGCCUUGUUCGAGGCCUGUCCCUCUGUGAGGGGGGACGUAGAAAAAGAGUUAAAGGCUUUGAAGGAAUCUGAUGGAGGCUUUGAUGUUAGAGGUCUGAGCGUGUGGGGAGACCUCCUGUCAGCCUUAAACCCUGAAGUUAACGACUGAAGUUACAUUUUGAUGCAAUGUUUGAUUUGAUGUGUGAAUUGAACUUUAAUAUUCAACAGACAGAAUGUGUUAAUGGAAAUCUGACUUUAGCGUUCAGCUCAUAGUCAUGUUCUUCAUCAGACACGUCCAAUCGCAUUUUAGUCUUUCUUAUUUAAGCAAACUUCUUGCAGGUUUAGGCAACAUUCAACAUUUAAGAUAUUUUGUUUCCUUUUGUAAAAUGAGAAAGAUGCUUUUCUCAAGUAUCUAACUAUUUAUUCGCCAUCAGUACAGAAACUCAGGUAUCAUAUCGACAUUAGGUUUUGUUUUAGUGCAGAAGAUACUCCUCCACUUGUUUACGUUUGUCACUAGCUGUGCUUCUGACAUUUUUUUUUUUUACACUGUACUUUUUUCAGUUCAUGAAAUGUAACUGUAUGCACACAAACAGAAACAUGUUGAGUACAUUUCCUGGAAGGAAACGUAACGAAUAAAUAAAUUCAAUCUGUGGCUCCUUUGA